GAAUGUACAGCAUCUUGUGUACUUUUUUUUACGUAGCAAAACAACUAUGCUAAAAGUCACGAAACAUUGACCAGAUGGACGUUUAUCCAGAAAUUUUGCGAGGAAGAGGAAGUAGCGUGAUUAAAACCGAGAAAUUGGCUCCCGCCCCAUUGGGUGAUACGCCUUCAUUCUUCAGGACACCCAUAAGUAAACUCCCUUUCUGGAGCCCCGCCAAUACCAUUUAGAAAACAUUUGACAGCGUCUUAUUUGAGCAGGCGGAAACAGACAUCCGUUGUCGAGGUCCCUCUUUGGAGCCGUUUGUCCUUCUCCGCUGCCUCACCCACCCGACAGGAAUGUGGCUCCACACCUGAGCGGAGGCCAAAAGAGUAACAGGCUACAUCGACACUUGGAGGCUGCUGGUGUCGCCAUGGACUGUUGCCUGGCACUUUGCCUGAGCCCCGAAGAGGCCGAGAGGCGCAGGAUCAACUUGGCCAUUGAGAGGCAACUGGAACAUGACAAGAAACAGAACCAACGGUCCAUCAAACUCCUCUUUCUGGGGACAGCGGAGAGCGGCAAGAGCACUUUUCUCAAGCAGAUCCGUAUCCUCCAUGGCAACGGCUACACAGAAACCCAACGGAUGACCUUCAUUCGCUUGGUGUGCCAGAACAUUAUCACUGCCAUCCAGCACCUCAUCGAAGCCAUGAAGGUCCUCCGCGUGGACUUUGAGGACGCCAGAAAUCUUGACCUGGCGGAGCGCCUGAGCCAAGUGGAGUCCGAAAGGGUGGAAAGGUUGGAGGGGUGGCAGGUGAAGGCCGUCAAGAUGUUGUGGAGCGAUCGCGGCCUUCAGCGUUGCUACGAACGAAGACGCGAAUUCCAGUUGUCCGAUUCGGCAAAAUAUUACUUCAGCGACAUCGACCGAAUCACCGCCCCGGGUUACAUCCCUAAUUUGCAGGAUAUCUUGAGAGUCCGCGUCCCCACCACUGGCAUAAUUGAGUACCCGUUUAGUGUAAAGGAUGUUGUCUUCAGGAUGGUGGAUGUGGGCGGUCAGCGUGCUGAAAGGAGGAAGUGGAUCCACUGCAUGGACAAUGUCAUGUCCAUCAUCUUCCUGGCCGCCCUCAACGAGUACGACAGCGUCAUGCUUGAGAACCCCAUGAAAAAUCGGUUGGAAGAGAGCCUGGCUUUGUUUGAGAUCAUCGUCAAGUACCCGUGGUUUAAGAAGACCUCAUUCAUCCUUUUCCUGAACAAGAAAGACCUUCUGGAGGAGAAAGUCCUGUAUUCGGACGUGGCCACCUACUUCCCUCAGUACCGGGGGCCUCGGCAAGAUGCCAAACACGCCCGUGAAUUCUUCCUGGAACUUUACAAGGCUUUGCACAAGGGCCACGAGAGGCCUAUGUACAAGCACUACACCUGCGCCACCGACACCAACAACGCUAAAAAUGUCUUCAACGACGUCAAGAACACCGUCUUCAUAGAGUUCAUUACCUUCAAUCCGCUUUAGCCAUGUUUUGGCCCGGAAGGUACUUUAUGUCAUGUUGACGUUUGAAGCCAGCCCAUUUAAAAAAAA